UCAAAGAGAUUCAGCGGUACACAACGCACAUCAAACAAAAUUUAUCAGAAAAACGAGAAGUAUACUUUUUGAUGUCGUCUGGAAUUACGGAAUCACGUGACAGAUCAACACAUAUCUAUGACGACAUUCACGUACCUGUGCCAUGUGCAGAAACUGAUGAGGAACAAAAUGACUGCCGGCCAACUUACAAUAAAAAAACGAAGAAGACAUUUCCUAAUCGUAUUUCUCACCAGUAUGAAAAACUUAUUGGAUUAGCAAAAAGAAAGAGAAACCGGAUGUGCAUUUUUGGGAUCGUUUCCUCUCUGGUGGCCAUUUUUAGUUUAACUGGUGCUAUCAUUUUCAGUAUUUUCUAUGCUAAGCCAACGUUCUGUGAUAAAUUACUCAAAGAAAACUGGUUACUGGUUUGUAAACCGUCUGGUAGUCAAGGUGGGACCAGUAUAAUUUGCCCGGAGUCGAAGUCAGUCGCCAUUACUAAAGUGAAUGUUACCCGAUACAGAAACAUAUUUUUAAAUCCGAGGAAAUUGCCGAACUGUGAUGUUUCGAAUAGCUGCAUGAAACCCAGUGAUAAUAUAACAGAUAGUAUGAGAACUUACUGUGCUGGGAAGAUUUCUUGUGAGAUAGGUUCUAAAUAUUUUGAUAAACAUAGUGAAUCGUGCCAAGACCAGGGAAAUGGAUAUGAUCUACUGAAAGUUACAUUUUUGUGUUCAUAGGUACUAAACAAACUACAUAACUUGUAAUUAUAGAUUAUCGUUGAUCAUCUCAACGAGAUUGAUUUUCUCGCUUGAGCUAGAGCAGCGAAAGUGAGAAAAGCAAUCGGGUUGAGAUGACCAAUGAUAAUCUGUUUAUCGCUAUUUUACCUAUGACGACGUUGUCAACUUCAAUGUCAAUUUCGUAAGCAAUGCCACGUGGUCUCCUUAGUUUCUAGCGAUAAUUUUUUCAUCUCAAGCUAGAAGCAUGAUAUGAAAAUUAUCACAAAAAAGAUCAAAGGAAAAAUGCAAAAAAUAGCGAUAAUGAUUGUUACCUCUACCUAUCACUUUCUCUGUGUUAAUGUCUGUUUGUCUGUCUGUAUGUUUGUCUUUAUGUUCGUCUGGUUGUCUAUGGUUUUUACGCGUAUAUGAUUUGAUCUGUUCUGCCGAGAUUCCUAAGAGCUUAUCAUUUAUUUGGACGCUUUGAAAGAUUGUACCUCUAGCUGUCCAAUUUGAAUUAGUUGCAGUGUUAUAAAUUUAUAAAAAGAAAAACUUGUAUUUCAAGCAUGGUCUUCAAUGUGAAAUACGUGUACAGUGCAACCUUUUUAAACCUAACCUCUUCGGGACUUAGAUUUUGUUCGGUUUUGGCCGAUGUUCAGUUUUAUCAGGUUUACAACGCUUACAAUUUGAUAUGACGGGGCUUAAGAACAUGUUUGGUUUAUACAGGUUUUCGGUUUAUGCAGGAUUCGGUUUAGCCAGGUUUCACUGUAUAUGAUCUCGGAUAGAGUAUCAAAUAGUAUGGAGAUAGAUUUGGAGCAGUAUAAGAUUUUUUGGUUUUGUAUAAAAACUACAAAUACUAGAGAUAGAAGAUACCAACGAAUAAUCAAACUUGUAAAACGAAGACAAUUUAAUAAAAUUGAGAAUGGAAAUGGGGAAUGUGUCAAAGAGACAACAACCCGACCAUUGAAAAAAACAACAGCAGAAGGUCAUGAACAGGUCUUCAAUGCAGCGAGAAACUCCCGCACCCGGAGGCGUCCAUCAAUUCUUUGGCAGAAAAAGAGAAACGACAUACAUUCUAUAAAACACAACAAUAUCUUAAAACUAAAAAACACGACACCAACCAAUCAAAACCGGCUCUACAAGGGAAGGCAAAUCCUGUUCUGCACGUGACACCGGUCAUGUAACUACUAUAAUAAAAACCAGUCAAGAAUGUCUAUUCAACCUGUUAUUACUUUUCUGCCUUUACACAAAUAUUACUGUUGUAUAGACAACACGCAGUGCUAUACUUUCAAUAUAAGUUUAUACUUUAUAGUCAUAUGGUAGCCAAGAAA